CAUAAAAUAUGAAAGUUUAUUAGUUUAGAAGCACGUGAUAAUAAUAAAUUGACACUAAAAGCAAUCACAGUCGAUUCAUUGCUGCAAAAUGUGGUUCGCGUGUUUUCUGGUGUCCGUGCUGUACGUAUCGGGACAAUGUGAAAACAUUAUGGAAACACGUCAAUUUGAUAACGAACAUUCGCUAGUUCAGUGUGUCACUAACAUACUCAAACUAUAUUUUUCUGAAGGAAAAUUAACUUAUGUAGAAAUGGAAAGUGAUGAUGACGAACUUCUAAAAAAUAUUUACUCGUCAUCUAAAUUUUCACUAGUAUCCCGACGUUCGACAUUCCAGCCUCAUCUACCAAAUCAAGGAUACCUAAUGACUUCACGAGACGUAACCGCUUUCGCAAAACACUUCAAGUAUCUACUAAUGGAUCCAAUGUGGAACCCAUACACAAGGGUCCUGAUCGUCAUCCGUUCGCUGUCUGAGAGUGACCUUCGCAACGCAUUCGACGUGUUACUAAACCAUCAUGUCAAUAAUGUGGUAAUAGUCAAUGGAACAGCCGACGCUCACCUCUACGCCUACAACCCAUUCGACAACCAUGCUUGUGGCAAAUAUUACAGCGAUAUCAUCAGCUAUGGCAUUUGCUCGCAAACCGAAAUGAAUUUGUAUCCAGAAAAAAUAGGCGCUCGGCUAAAAAACUGCACAUUCUUAGCAUCGUUGAGUCAUAGACCACCUUUUAGUAUCGACCCCGCAAGAACAGAAGGGGAAAAUUUGUUGGGAACAGAAGCAUAUAUUUUCAAAGUGUUAAUGGAAAAAGAACAGAUUAAUUUUAUAAUGAACUAUAAUUACAAUGGCGAUAUAUUUUCUACAGUUGCACCUAAUAUGACUGCGAUAGGUCCUAUGAAUAUGCUUCAGAAUAAUGAGACUCAUGUCAUAGUAGGAGGCAUGAUGAUGGUAGCAGCAAGAGCGGCCGCUUUUAGUUACCUCGGUGGCUAUCAUGACUACAAUAACGAAAUAAGAAUUAUAGUAAAGACUGCAUCCUUAAUACCAAUUUGGAAGAGCGUCUACAUAGAGUUUGAUAUAACGGUUUGGAUGUUGUUGUUCUUAACCCUUAUUGUCUAUACUAUGAUUCUGAUAUACGUUUUUCGUGAUAUGGACAAAGGUCAAUUAAUACUGGACCUGCUUGACAACUUGCUAUCUCAUGGACGACAUAUCCGCAGUCGAACAUUAGUUAAAUGCCUUCUACUCGUGUGGAUUUGGUUUGCAUAUCUUAUUAAUACUUUCUAUCAGUCGAGUCUCGUCAGCCUUACGACAGACCCAAGUAAAGAGUACCAAGUCGCAGAUGAUAAAGAUUUAGUGGAAUAUCGAUAUGAGCCCUGUUUUAGUCUUGCGCUUCGAAAUUUUUUGAUGUCUGAAUCUGUUACUAAUGGUAGUUCAUUCCCACCUCAGAGAAAAGGGUGUCAUACAACUGCGGAAGCAAUGCAGACUAUAACUAAAACUAAAGGGUUUUACACGAUGGUACCAAACUAUGUCUAUUUAUACAACAUGAAAAGUUUUAACAAUAAAUGGGGAGAAUCUUUAAUUUACCCUUUUGAGAAGCCUUAUGCCAGAUUUCUCUUUUGUUUCUAUUUUUAUAAAGGCUUUCCAAUCUCAAAGAGUCUUCGAUUAAAUGCCAGGAGAAUGAGAGAAAGUGGCUUAGCAGAUAAGAGCCUUAGCGAUCUAUAUUUUAAACGUUCCCUAAAACAACGAUUUUCUCAGAAACAAUUUGAAGUAAGGUUCAGUCUUCCCUGGCGUGUGUAUGUUAUUGGUUGCGCAAUUUCUGCUAUUACUUUUAUAUUGGAGCUUGUACCUAAAAAUGUUUGGCCAAAGUGCCGUAUACAAUUGCAGUCGUAACACCUUAGCCCUUGUAACCACCAAAGCUCAUUUUAGUGUCGAAUUCAAAAUAACGAGAUAUUUUUUAUAAUUAAACAUAAAUACUUCACGAUUGCCAAAGAAACACAUUGUGUAUCAUAAAUUAGACCAAAGCUUCAGCUUAGCCUGCUUUAUCUGCUCCAAGGGGCUCGAUACCUCACUACAUCUGAAAGUGAACGCGGUUUACCCCGUAUGAAUAUUUCAUAGUGUUGACCACUUAAUCAUAAGGUGCACGAUGAAUUUGAUAAUUACACUUAAUUAUUUUAAUACAUACACUUAAAUUUAAGUU